AUGGCAGCUACCGGAGGUUCAGUGUAUUCUUACAAAUAUUUCACGGUCCAUUUUCCUGCAGCACGACCAUAUGUUGCCCAUGUCGAGAUCAACCGCCCAGAGAAACUAAAUGCAUUUAUUGAGCCAAUGUGGCUCGAGAUGCGUCAAGUUUUCGACCAACUUUCUUCUGAUUCUUCUGUCCGUGCAAUUGUCCUCACCGGUGCGGGAAGCAAAGCUUUUACUGCCGGACUGGAUGUCAAACAGGCUCCCCAAGUGCUCUCCAGUGAUAAAGGUGGUUCCGACACUGCACGCAACGCAGUCAACAUUCGACGCUAUAUCCUUCAGUUUCAAGACUGCCUUACUGCCAUUGAGCGCUGCGAGAAGCCUGUCAUUGCUGCUAUGCAUGGAUAUUCGUACGGGUUUGCGAUCGACAUUUCUGCGGCUGCCGAUGUCAGGAUAUGUACUCGGGAUGUUCACCUCUCCGUCAAGGAGGUCGAUAUUGGUAUGGCAGCAGAUAUUGGCGUAUUAAGCCGACUACCCAAGAUUGUAGGCAAUUUUGGCUGGGUGAAGGAAGUGGCACUUUCAGCCAGGAUCUUUGGUGCAGAAGAGGCGCAUAGAGUGGGAUUCGUGAACUCGAUUCAUGAUUCGAAAGAGGUGAUGGUGGGAGCGGCUUUGGAUAUUGCCAGUCUUAUUGCACAAAAGAGUCCGGUUGCUGUGCAAGGAACGAAGGAACUAUUGAAUUGGUCCAGAGACCAUCCUAUUGCCGAAGGUCUUCGCUACACGGCUGUCUGGAAUAGUGCUGCUAUACAAACAGGCGACGUGUCCACGGCUUUGAUGGCUGGCAUAGAAAAACGCACGCCGACGUUUGAAAAGCUGUGA